UCUUAAAGUAGUUUUCGAAACAGAAAAAUGACAGCGAUAUUACGUGUGAAACGUAGGUACGAUGAUGAGCCAUUAAAUGCUCUUGUAAUUUCAUGUAAGCGACAAAAGAUUGUAGAAAACGAAGAAGCCGAAGAUGCAUCAUCAGUUCCUCUAACCACAUUUGCUAAGUUUGCUGGGACCGUUAAACAACAUGACGAGAAUGUUGAACAUUUAAUUCAAACUUAUGCAAAAAAUGAAGGGCGAAUGCAUUCGAAACAACACUUUACGGAUGUCCUGAAUAAAAUAAGGGAAACAACAAAGCAGGCUUCGGCAGAAAAUCGUUACAAAGUAGUUAAUUGUUUUCGAUCUUUGGAUAAUUCGAACGCGGAAAAUUCAGAAGAAACAGUUGUGACUGUAAUAGAUGUGGAGGAUUCGAAAUCUAUAAUAAAGGAUUCUGUAGAAAAGGAUGAUAAUUAUGUAUACGAUUUAUAUUAUGUUCAAACCGAGAAUGACAUGUACUUGGAUGAAGAUGUAUGUGUACAUCCAUUCAAUUAUUUAGUUCAUGAUACUUAUGAGAAUAAUGGCUAUCCUGAAGCUGAAUAUGAUUCAGAGGAUUCUAAUUCAGAGUCAAAUUGGAGAAAUGAUUAUCCUGAUUCCGACUCUGAAGGAUCAAUCGAUGAAGACGAUAUAAGAGCUGCAAUUAUGAAUAUGAGACUAGAAGAUGAAUCAGACUUAUCUGAAGAAGAUGAUUUUAUUUAUGCAGUUGAUGAAAGUGAUGUGGACGCUUAUGGUUACAAAUACGCGAGAUAUAAGGCAAGGAUGAAACAAGAAUUGAAGGAAGAUGAUGAUGAUGAUGAUGAUCACCUUAGUGGUCUUAGUAUAAAUGUGUCUGAGAAUUCAGACGAGGAAUGUAGUGAAGUAGAGUAAGCAAGUCUUUUUAUACAAAAAGAAAAUAAGUUAAGUAUCAAUGCAAUAUACAUAUUUCAUAUUGUGUAAUAAUUUCAGUUAAUGAAAUCAAUAUAUCUUUAUUUUAUAAUUAAAAUUGUUUUCCAAAUAUGAGAUUUUCCCACUACGUAGAAGUAAGGGUCAUAAAGAUCUUAGUAUUUUAUUCAUGUCUAUAUAUUUAUUACAUAUUUAUAUAGAUAUACUUUGUAUGUAAAAUUCAUCUAUCAAAAUAAAAACAAUAAAAGGUAAACCUAGAUGUCGAAGUGACAAAGGAAGGUGUGUAGGUGUUUAGAAAAAGAAUCGUUUUCGACGAUAUGGCAUAUAAUAAUAUACCAGAUUUAUAAUGUAUAACAAAUUAUUGGAAGUACCAGAUAGAGAUUUACAAAUGUUCAGCAAUCAAGUAGCUUCUCCGUGAUGUGUUAUUAAA